GCAGCUCACGGAAAUCCCGUUCUUGGGUUGAUGUGCUGCCUUCAUAAUGUUUUUAACGUUGUCUUAACAGAAUCGCAAACAAAAAAUAUGUUUGUAUGAACGAUUACAUGACGUCUAAGGUCUAAGCCGCGGCGACUGCGGGGGAAGGCUGCUUAAGACAUAAUCUGGGUAGUAACCGUCAAAACCUCUGUAUUGUCUCAGGCUGAAAAAGGGUUCGACGGUGUUAGACCCCAGAGUGCCGGGUGGGGGAGUGAAGACCACGAAUGUGGUGAGAGCACUGCCAUCAUUAUCUUCAUCAUUAUAAUAAUAAUUUUACAACGUAGGCUUGAGCGUUGCUUUAACUUAAACACGCAUUUAUCGAAGAGCCUGUCAAUAACAUUCAGGCGAUACAUCAACAAUCUCGCCAAGGAGAGGAGCGCUUGAAUACACGUCUUAAACACAUUUGCCGACCAGGAUUUUUCUGUAGGAUGGUAAUAAGAGUUUUCAUCGCCUCAUUGUCUGGUUCUGUUGUGAUCAAGAAGAGGCAGCAGGAGAUUGUGGGCUUUCUGGAGGCCAAUCGCAUUCCAUUUGAGGUGGUGGACAUAACCAUGCUGGAGGACCAGAGGCUGUGGAUGUACCGGAACCUUCCUGAGGGCAAGCACCCUGACAGGGGGAACCCCCUUCCGCCACAGAUAUUCAACGGGCAGCAGUACUGUGGGGAUUAUGAGGAUUUCUUCCAGUCCAAGGAGACCAACACUGUGUUUUCAUUCCUCGGACUGCCUUCCAAGGGCUUGGUUAAGGACUCUGAAUCAUAGAAUUCCUGUGCUUUUUGGAUGGUGCUGCAUUACAUCACUUCCUGUUCCUGAUAUGCCACCCAGUCACUGCUACUUUGCCAAAGGUCGUCGUUUCUCUCCCUGGAUCCCUGAAGUGUCCCUGGCUGGUCAGGAGUGAUGGCUGUCUUAUGAAGGAUUGGAUCACAUGUAUGUGGCUGUUGAAUUAAUGUAUUUUUUGAGUCCCUUGGGGGAAGGGGGCUGUCACCAAUGCUAACCGUGUGGAGUUUGGGAGCGGAGAGGACAGAUUUUGUGUUUGCUUAUUCCAAAAUACACCCCUUAAAACAGUUAAAAACCCUGGAGAACCUGUGUCCUAAUAUUACCUUUAGGUGAGUCAUCAGUUUUUAGUUUUCAUCUGAUUCUUUUUAAAUGGCGCUUGCUGUUAUCUCUCCAAAAUGAAUCUCGAGUCCUUGUGGAAUGGUGAGCAUAAAGGAAAAUGGGUAUUACAGUUAUCUCCUCCCACUAUAAUCACUCUUCAGUAAAGGCCCCGCAAGCAGGAUGUAAAGAAUAAUCUGUUUAGUUGAGUUUAGUUGAGUGCAUUGUGGAGUUCCAUCGCCAAUGAAUGCUGGCCGGACGGCGGCUGAAGGCGGCCGUGCUCUGCACUCACUCAGGCUUAUUUGAGAGGCAACACAAGCUGCGGGUGGUCUGUGCCAUGGGCCAGGAGAUGUGGCCCUUUUCAGGUAGACAUAUAACAUGUGGCAAGCUUCCAUCAAGGCAGAUCCUCUCAGCUCACCUGGUCCAUGUAGGACAGCAUGCUUUGUGUUGUGCAGUUAGAGUCACGUUCUCCUGUGGUAUUCCUUCACAUCCUGUAGUGUUUUACUGCUUGUCAAGUGGAUUUACACACACAGAGGUGAUCGUUGAUAUUAUCUAAAAUAAUAUUAUAAAAUGCAAGCUGACUAAGAAAUUUAACAAAAAGGGAAAUUAGCACUGGGCAAGACAGCAUACAGACAGAGUAUGACAGUUUGGUGCUGGGUGAGAUGCACAACCGAUAAAAACAGUGAAUAUCCAUAUGUGUCGGACUCAAUCGUGCAAUUUUUUUUAAUCAUUAUUUUUUUACAGCUUAACACUGUUAUUUGUAGUUUUCAUUUUUAAGUAUCCCAAAUUUGAUUUAUUUUUUAUAUAAUAAGUGGCAUAAAUCAUGCUAGGAAUACAUAAAAACAUAAAUGCAAAUGUAGCAUCUUCACUGCAUAUCUGAGAAUGUAACUGGACUAUUAAUGAUCUUCUGUAUAUAAAACUUAAACGAUAUGGAUGCUUUGACAUCCUGGUGUACAGUGUAAGGCUGAAUACACUUCCUUAAGAAAUAUUUAAGACCAAGCUGACUCUGCCAUUAAUAGACUGGAAUCAGUGCUUCCGUUUAUAUUCCUCGUUGCACUUCUGAAACUCUCGUGGUGAGAUGAAUGCUCACAUCCACACAUGCCGCAGACUGACUGUCACGCUGUGCUCAGUGUGUACACACAGGGAUGGACAAACACACAGCCAGAACCCCUUUCUGCAAGACAUUUCGUAGCUCCUAAGUGAAACCACAAGCCCCCCCUUUUCAGUGAAGACUAUUAACUUUUCAUGCAUCACUUUUAAUGUUGCUGUUACUAGUGGUCUUCAUAGGGACUUUUGCUAAGCUUCUGGUUUGAAGUUGUAGAGUGCAUAAACACAAGACAUCUUAGUGGGCUGUAGUUUGAGGUGUGGGAACAGUAUGUGUACCAGCCCCCACCCCCUUAUUGUUGUAUGUUUAUAAAAGCCCUGUGCACAAUUUUACCCAGAACACCUUUCACUAGCCAACAAUUUGGUUUGUUAUGCUCAGACGUAGUACAGCAGAACGGAGCGGUCCUUCGUACCAUAGACACAGUUUUUUGUGAUUAUUGGCGAGCUCUGCACAGUUGUACAGAAUCUACACCCAGUCGACCCGAAACAGGAAAGGCCUCACUGCUACGCCAUGUCACAAGCAGGGCCAGGUCAUCUGUGACAGGCGUCAACCCAACAGGUCAAUGAGACCCGACAGCAGCAGUUAUCCUGCUGCAGGGAUGCACUCCAGAUGUCCACUCAGUCACUUAAUGCAUCAGUCAAUCAAUCAAUGCAUGUAUGAGUCAGUCAGCCAGUGCAUCUGUCAUUUGUGAGGGCAGAGUUCAGCCUAACACGUUUUAUCUUAGUGCUCAGGCACUCAUCCCUGUCUGUCCUGACAGCAGAUAUCAAUACUCACUCAGUGUUAGGACUCAAGUGUCAUUCAGUCAAUCAGCUAGUUCAUAAAACUCGAUUCCCUUCCACAUAUGAACUCAUCACUUAAGAAGACGAAUCAAAAGGCAGGACAUCCGUAAUGUGAAACAGCUUCUUCGUGUCUUCCUUCCGUCUUUGGACCUUCUUGGAAAGUUGCUGUCCUGCGGGGACUGGCGUACUGGCAUGUAGCGGCCUGUGAAACACCAAUAGUCACAGCACCUCAGCACAAGUCGUUCAGCAAACGAGGGGUUUUUACACCACAGGAGCUAACGGUUCUGAACAGGAGAUCGGUCAGCCGUCCAUAAAACCAAAGACAGACGUUAAACUCCACUGUGCACUUAAUGCAGUAAAGAAGUUUUAAAUACUAAUCAUUCAAUUUAAUACUGUAUAUGAAGGUAAAACUACUAAAUCACAGUGAUGAAUUUUACUGAUAACAUGAUUGUUUACUGCUGGUUCCAAGGGUUGGUUAGUCAUAAAAAGUCAAUCGUAUGCAACAAAGUGUUACUAUUAUAAUUGCUUUGAUGAUAUAUUAUUAUAAAGAUAAUGUGGUUUAUUCAGUUAUUCUGUAAUGAAUAUGAUAGAAUCAAAAGUCUAUAUUAAUGUGAUAUAUUAAAUGUAACAUGGACAAGCGUUCUGUCAGAAUCUGUUUAUUUUGUUAUCUUUGUAUUUUUUCACAAUUAUAUAUGAAAAUAAAGAUAAUGAUUGGAAAUGACACAUUUAAGUGUGAGAUGUUGGGAGCGGUGUGCCUUACUCAGUGGCGUGUUAUCCUUCAUUGCUGACACGGUGUUUUUAUCUGCUGUGAGCUUUGUGGCCCUAAUGAUGCAUGAACGAUAGUAUAAACCGGGAGCCAGAAAUGUAGCGGCUAACCAGCUUCGGUCACUGCGCCGCCUAGCUCUCCUUUGAUGCAUUGCUGUUUUCUUCUUUGUCGUUGUGUCUGCCAUUAAUAAUAAAGAAUCGAGAAAAUAAAGUGAAUGUUUGUGCGUGAA